AGAUGAUUUCGACAACCUUGGAACAGAGUUUGUGUUGACGUUUAUGGAGAAUGAAAUGAUGGAAACAACAGAACCAACAGUGUACGAUAUUGAAGUUUUUAUAACAACCUACCAGUCACACGACGUAUCUGUCCACAUCUCUAGCCCAAAAUGGAGCAGCCCGAAGGUCGACCACAGUUUUAUCAUCACUGCUGGUCAGGCUGAACUGGUGAAAUUCUCAAAUGAAUUACGUAUGGUAGGAACAGAAAAAACCUCGAAGGGAAUACUUAUACAGGCGAGUGACGAAGUUGCUGUGUAUGGCUUUAAUAAGGAGAAGUACUCUACAGAUGGUUUUCUUGGCUUACCCACUGACGUAUUGGGGACCGACCACAUCGCUGUAGCAUACUAUCCUCCUACGGAACAAACGGAGAUCGCGAUUGCGGCGGUACAUGAUAGUACCCAGCUUAAUAUCAAACUGAAAAACUCACUACCGGGCAACAUUACAUACGAUAAUGUCGCAUGUUUUGGAGGUGAUACGAUUACCGUUAGUCUGGAUGAAUAUGAAACAUUCCAAAUGCAUAGCAUUGAAGACCUCACUGGCACACGGAUACUCUCCAAUCACCCAAUAUCAGUGUUCAGUGGAAACAAAAAGACGAGGGUUGCACCAGAUGAUGUAUCAACAAUAGGGAAUUCACGUGACCACUUAGUAUCCCAGCUACCCCCUGUGGAUGUCUGGGGGAACACCUUCGUUACAGUACCCACUCCGGGACGACUGUUUGGUGACAUGGUGAAAAUUGUAGCAAGUCAGGCCAACACCGCUGUAAACAUCUCUGGUUUUGACACGCAGUAUAUUAAUGAGAGUGGGGGAUUUGUACAGGUCCGGCUUCCAGCGGAUGAAUACUGUUCAAUGAAAGCAGACAAGCCAGUCAUGAUGGUAUUGUUAUCAAUUACAAAGGAUAAGUCUGAGUCAGAGGGCGACCCUUCAAUGACUUUAGUCCCUUGGCUGGAACAGUUCAACUCAAAAUACACAUUCACCACUCCUGAAUAUUCCCUUGGCUCGUACUUGAAUUACAUAUUGUUGGUUAUUGAGGAUCAAUACAAGAACGGACUAGUUUUAGAUGGUGAUAGCACACGCGUAAAUGGAGUAGCAACUUGGCAUAACUUCCCUGGCAUAGAUGACUACGUAGGGACGUAUUUUGCCAUCGAUGAGGGUUCGCAUCAUAUAGAGCAUUCUAACCCUAGUGCAUCAUUUGGCGCUUACCUGUAUGGAAAGGCUAACCUUGAAUCCUAUGGACUACCAACUGGAAUGAAGAUGGUUAAGAUCAAUGUGUGUCCUAAUAGUGAUGGCAGUGCUGUGGACGGAAUUGACAACGAUUGUGAUGGUCUAAUAGAUGAGGAGGUUUGUGGACCCUCUGCAACAGAUGACGAUAUGGAUGAUAAAAUUGAUGAAGAUUGUGGGUCAUUUGAGACCACAACUACCAUAUAUGUGCCGACAACAACAACAACAUAUGUGCCGACAACCACCACCACCGCUGCGCCUACAACCACAACAACUACAGCUGCACCCACAACCACCACCGCUGCGCCUACAACCACAACAACUACAGCUGCACCCACAACCACCACCGAUGCGCCUACAACCACAACAACAGCUGCACCUACUAUAACCUCAACCUCUGUACCGACAACAACAACAUCUGUGCCAACAUCAACAACAUCUGUGCCGACAACAGCAUCUGUGUCGACAUCAACAACAUCUGUGCCGACAUCAACAACAUCUGUGCCGACAACAGCAUCUGUGCCGACAUCAACAACAUCUGUGCCGACAACAGCAUCUGUGUCGACAUCAACAACAUCUAUGC